CUUUCCAAGUCAUCACAUACAAAUCUCCUUUUCGCUCUCGAUCUGAACACUUAUAUAGUCUCUCUCUAGAAAUCACAGAGGCAAAUCUCACUCUGUAACAAAAUCAAACUCUACACAAUGGCCGAUCGGGAGCACGAGCACAGAGAAGAGGAAGAAGCCGCCACCGGUGAAGACGAAGACACCGGAGCACCAGUGGACCCGAUCAUCAAGCUCGAACAGGUCUCCGUCACCACCGGUGAAGAAGAUGAGGACUCCAUCCUUGAUCUGAAAUCGAAGCUUUAUCGGUUCGAUAAGGAAGGCAAGCAAUGGAAGGAGAGAGGCGCUGGUACUGUGAAACUCUUGAAGCACAAAGAAUCGGGCAAGGUUCGGCUGGUUAUGCGGCAAUCAAAGACUCUCAAGAUCUGCGCUAACCAUCUCGUUCUUCCUACCAUGUCGGUUCAGGAACAUGCCGGAAACGAUAAGUCUUGUGUCUGGCAUGCGGCUGAUUUUGCUGAUGGUGAAUUGAAGGAUGAGUACUUUUGCAUUCGAUUUGGAUCAGUCGAGAAUUGCAAAACCUUCAUGGAGAUGUUUCAAGAGGUUGCUGAAUCCCAAAGUACAAAGGAUGAAAACAAAGAUGCAUCUGCUGCUGCUGGUCUGCUUGAUAAGCUAAGUGUUGAAGAUAAGAAAUCUGAUGAAAAAGCCAAGGAAGAGGUGCCUGUUGCGGCCAAGGAGGGUAAGGAAUCUGAUGAAAAAGCCAAGGAAGAGGUGCCUGUUGCAGCCAAGGAGGAUAAGGAAUCUGAAAGUGUGUCUGUAAAAGCAGAUGCAGUGUGAGGAGGAAGAGGAGUGUGUUUCCUUGGGGACGAUGCGUUAAUUCUGUUAUCAUAUUGAUAUUACCAUGCAUCCCUAUCAACUUAACGAGGUUGAUUUUCUGAGCUCAUCUGCUACACAGGAUUGUCUUGGUUUAUUGAGUCUGGUUAGAUGCCAAUGGAUUGUGUUUUUUACGGGUGGGGAAUGGUUUGGUUUUGUUGGUUCGUCUUUGGAGUCUUGGUUAACUUUUGAUCUUAUGUUGGUCGGGUUUGAUAUCAAGGUUGUGUGUGUCUAGUUCUUGUAUUAUCAGAGGGUAUUUCUGGGUUUCUUGAACAGUACAUAUUCGUGUUGCUGGGUUUCAUGAAUAGUACAUAUUCACCUGGUGUAAGGUACCAGUGAAGUUUGUACUUCUGAGGGCGCAGAGCACCAAAAAAUGCACGCGGUAGAAACAGUUUUUGUUGAACUCUGGUUUUUGAUUUGCGGCUUAUUACAUUGUUAUUAUUAAUUAUUAAAUUUGGGUUGCUUUC